AUGGAACCUUUUGAAGAUCCUAUUGCUAUUGAAGAGUAUAGAAGGAAGUUAGGCUUUCAAAAUUGCAAGGUGAAUUGUUCAGGAAAAAUCUGGAUUUUUUGGACAUAUGAAUGGCUUGGUGUAGUUAUAUCUGAAUCAGAACAGCAGGUUACUUUGCAACUAACUCACUCAUCCUUGAAUCAAUCAGUGCUAGUGUCAGUAGUCUAUGCUAAAUGUGAUAGACAUGAGAGGGGGGAGUUGUGGGAAGAUAUGGUAGACUUGGCAAAUCAACAAGACCUUCCUUGGAUAAUAGGAGGGGAUUUUAAUGUCAUAGUGUCUGAUGAGGAGAAGCAAGGUGGCCGUCCAGUCUCAUCCAAUGAGACUUUGGAUUUUUCUACCUGUAUACAAAGUUGUGGUUUGAUUGAUGUAGGAUUCACUGGAAGUAAAUUCACAUGGUGGAAUGGGAAGACUGAAAAAGAUUGCAUAUUCAAAAGGUUAGAUAGAAUACUGGUGAAUCAGCAAGUGUUAAAUAUCAUGCCAUCCACAACAGUGACUCAUAUGAUUAGACAUGGUUCUGAUCAUGCACCACUACAUCUUGAGUGUAACAGCAAUGCACAUCCUAUUGUCAAAUCUUUUAAGUUUCUUAACUUCUGGACAAAGCAUCAUAUAUUUAUGGAGGUGGUAAGGGAGAAUUGGACUGCUGAUUGUGGAAAUCCAUUCUAUGUAUUUCAUCACAAGUUGAAGAAACUUAAAAGAGCACUGGUUCAAUGGAGCAGGAGCACAUAUGGGAAUAAAUUUCAGCAGAUUGACACUAUUGAAGAUACUAUAAAGGUGAAGGAGUUGCAGUUUGAAAAUAAUGCUUCAAGGGAGAAUAGAAUGUUGUUACAUCAAGCACAGGCUGAACUAACCAGAUUUUUACACUUGGAGGUAGAGUAUUGGAAGCAGAAAGCUGGUAUGAAAUGGUUCAAUGAAGGAGACAAAAAUACAAAAUUCUUCCAUUCAUAUGUGAAGGGCAGGAGGAAUAAACUAACUCUGAAAAGAAUACAAGAUCCUUCUGGUACAUGGUUGGAAAAUGAAGUAGAUAUUGGUUCUGAGGCAAUCAGGUUCUUUGAGUCACAGUUUAGUGAAGAAAAUUCAGGAGGGGAUUAUGCAUUGUUGAAAAAUAUUCCUAAAUUGAUAACUUAA